AUGCCAUCGCCGAAAUCUAAGGGUUCACCCAAGAGUAAAGGAUCACCAAAAAGUAAAGGAUCCCCUAAAGGUGGUAAAGACAAAGUUGAAGAAGAAGAAAAACCAUUUCAGUUAGCCAAACGAGAACCUCCACCACCACCACCAGAGCCUCCCAGAGGCCCAUUAUUAUCUCGUCUAUGUCGCCAAGUAUGGUAUCCCUAUGCCAAUAGAAUGACGUUUCAGCGCAGAGAAUGGUUUUGGUCCCCGUUCUGCCCCGUUAUCACCAGCUGGGGUGACAUAUGGGUCACCGAUCCACCGCAGCGUCGUAUUUUACGCUAUUAUUUCGAGCCUGUCAGCGCGAAACUCGCACUUCGUUCACCCACUCUGAUCACACGUGGUGAACCGAAAAUGAUGAUCGAGAUUCCUCGCACUGGACACAUAGCUGUGCUUCUGACUUGUCCGACUGCAAAAAAGACCACACUUGCCCUGUAUGAUCCAACAGAACUUAAAGAAAACAUAAAAAUAGAUUUUCUCUACGAAGCUAUGGGUCCACCAGUACCGGAACUGCCCGCUGGCGAAUGCACUCCACCACCAAUGCUAUCAAAACUGGAAGAUGAUUUAACCCCGAUUGGGUUAUGUGCAAAUCAGGAUAUACUGUUCGUCUUAUUUGAACCCAUACAACAUAUACGACUCUACGACCCGAUCACACUGAAGCCGUAUGAAACGAAAUUGGAAAAUGCGUACCCGGAUGAAAGCACAUGUGUUCAUUUAGCCUCAUCGGGUGGUUGUGCAGCUACAGAAGACAAACUGUUUGUAGCUGCCACCAGACCCCCUCGUAUUCAAGUAUUUUGGAUCUGUCGACAAACCUUAUUCAAUCGUAUCGAUCGGAUCAAUUUGGUCUGGUAUGCUGAGCUGGGUUUGGAUCGACUGACAAUGGGAGAACCGUUCGGGGUGCAACUCGACUCCCUCGGUUUGCUAGUGGUCUCCGACAGUCGAGCCGGAUUUAUGCGUGUGUACAGUACGAAUGACAAGCAUCCACCGGGACCGUGGCAACCAUCUCUCCCGAACGGUGAGACAUGCUAUUUGGGCUCGUGGAAAGUUGAUCCCUAUCAGGAUAUUCGACCAGGCUAUUUCAGUUUAGCCAAGAAUGGUACCGCGUGUGUGGUGGAUCGGUGGGCCAAUAAAUUGUAUUUCAUUGCAGAUCGUACGGAACUACGUUGGUAUGACGAAACUCUAUUGGCAUUGGAUGAUGCGUUGUUUAUACGACCGAUAAUUGAUCCACUCAUGCCCAUAAACGGACUUCCGCAACCGACCACUAUUCCGUCAUUCAGAGCGGGCGAUUUCAGGCGCACUGCUAGCGAGAUAUCUCUGCCUCCACCGGAUGACGAGCUAAUGCCCGAGUCCGUUGUACAACGCUUUCAGAAAAACGAAGAGCUUCCCGAAGAGGAACCCUCGCCGAAAAGUUCGCCGAAAAAAGGGAAAAAAUCACCUGGAAAAUCACCAAAAGAGAAAAGUUCAGGCAAACCGAAAUCGAGUUCGGGAAGGAGUAAAAGAGGAGAAUAA